CAACCACCAACGCUCCUCACCUCCAUCCCUUCAACCCCCCUUUUCCCUUCCUUUGCCCCCCGUGGAGCCUCGCCUACCCCCGCGGCCGGUUCCUCCGACGGCGUCAUGUCCUCCAUAGGCCCGCAGCUUCCGCCACACCUCUCCAAACGCAAGCGCACGCCCGACGACGACGGCACCAACGACCGUGCCGAUGCGCGCAGCGACUCUCCCAGCGGCAAGCUUCCCCUUCGCGAGGACCCCGCGUCGCACGCCAACGCGGAUGAAAUAGGCCUCGAUGACGACGACGACGAUUCGUCGGACGACGGCAUGGGGCCGAGCGCGCCGCCCACCGCGCGGCGGCAGCAGCAGCAGUCCAGACCCCCCGUCGUCGGGCCCUCGCUCCCACCGUCCGCCGCGAGCGCAAAUCGGGACGAGAUAGGCCUCUCCGACUCGGACUCUGAUACCGGCCCCGCGCCGCCACCACCUGCUGCUGCUGCUGCUACUGCUACUGCGUCCGCGUUGUCUCGUCCUGUCCCUCGAGGUCAAUCACCGGCGCGACCUACGCCCCCGUCAGCAGCAGCACCCAAACCGCAAGGCGACGCGCCAUCAAACGCGGACUCGGACUCGGACUCGGACUCGGACUCGGACGACGGCUACGGCCCCGCCCUGCCCUCGGCGACGACCAAGCGCGCCAACGCCAUCGGCCCGUCCAUGCCCCCCGUCGAAGCCGCCCCUCAGCGCGACGACUGGAUGCUCGCGCCGCCCACCUCGAGCGGCUACACGGAGCGUGACCCGACGCGCAUGCGCAGCCGCAAAUUCGCCUCCAAGCCCUCCACGCAGCAGCCGCCUUCAUCGUCAUCAGCGUCCGGCGGCGUCUCCUCAAUAUGGACCGAGACGCCAGAGGAGAAGCUCCGCCGGCUGCAGGAUGCAGUCCUCGGCCGCUCAGGUGACGGUGGUGGAGGUGCGGCGGCGGCAGCGGAGCAGCAGAGGAACGUGGAGCAGGAGGAGCGCGACCGUCGCAUCGCGGGCAGCAUCGAGGCCCAGCGUGGAGGGAGCCUAUACGACGAGCACAGCAAGAAGCGCAGGAAGGACGGCGUGGCAAAGGGCGAGGAGGAGGACGACCCGAGCAAGAGGGCGUUUGACAAGGAAAAGGACAUGGCGCUGGGGGGCAAGAUUGGCACGGCGCAGAGGAGGGAGCUGGUGACCAAGGCGGCCAACUUUGGCGGACGCUUCCAAAAGGGCUCGUAUCUCUAACAGAUGCAAUGGUUCGUCUGGUUGGCGUAAGAAGGAACCCUUGCCUCACCCGAGUCACAGUGGUCACAAUCGCAGGUGACAAAAAUAUUUGCAUAGCCGCAUCGAGACAUGGUUCUCUUCGCAUCUUAAAAUCAUUUUGGCAACCGUAAGAGAUGCCACCAUAGCCGCCUAACUCCUCCGC